AGGAGGGGAGGAGAGAGCGAGAGGCAGGGAGAAAAAGUGAGGUAAUAUGAGGAGAUACAAUGAGAGAGGGAGAGAAGGGAGGAGGAGAGAAAGGAGAUAGAGACAGGAUAGAGGGAUAAAGGCCCCACAGGCUGCAGUAGGGAGGAAGAGAAGAAGCGAGUAGAGCUGUUUCCUCUCUGAGAUCCUAACAGUGAUUCUGCUUCUCCUUCCUUCAAUGACUGAACCAACACAGAUGAUGUCAUCUGAGCACCUGACCUGCAGUUGGCUGCGGCAGCUACUCGUACUUCUGAAGCUUUGUCUCACUUUUGCCGGGCCUUUGAGACCCCUCAAUGGGACGGACUGCACAGCCAAGGGUCCUGCUUCCUACAUCCUGGUCUUUACAGGUCACUGGAGCCCGGAGGCAUUCCCCAAGCAGUAUCCACUGUUCCGGCCCCCUGCACAGUGGUCCAAGCUCAUAGCGGUGAGUCACAAUCAGCAUUUUCAGCUGUGGGAGGAGGGUGCUCCGGCAAGUGCAGGGGUGCAAAGCUUUGCCGAGGUCGGGGUGACGGUGGAGCUGAUGAAGGCGGCCAAGGAGGCCAGGAAGAGACGCGCGGUCGGCGCCAUGCACCGAACGGCCGGCAUCCCCAACGGCAUCGGCCACAGCUCCACAGAGUUGCUCAUGCAGCCCAGGAGCUCCCUGUUGUCCCUGAUGGUGAAGAUGAUCCCCAGCCCCGACUGGUUUGUUGGUGUGGACAGCAUUAACCUCUGCGAGGGAAGCCAGUGGAAACAGGAAGUGACCUUUGACCUACAGCCUUUUGAUGCAGGGACAGACAGUGGAUUCACUUUCUCUUCUCCUAACUUCCCCACAAGCCCUCGAGAAAACAUCACAAAGCUCACAUCUCUGAUGCCGAACCAUCCAGCCAACUCCUUCUACUAUCCACGCUUAAAGGAGCUUCCACCUAUUGCCAGCAUAAGGAUCACUCAACAGCGCAGAUCAUCUGACCGUCAAACUCUGUCCAAUCACAUCCUGCCAAACUCCAUCAACCCUCAGCUCUUCUCAGCGACACCCCUGGACUGUGAAGUGUCUCUCUGGUCGUCCUGGGGUUUGUGUCUCGGCCCGUGCUCCAGAGGUGGUGUACGCCACCGCACACGUUACAUCCUCCUGCGGCCGGCCAACGCCGGCGUCCCCUGCCCUGAGAUGGAGGAACAGGCUGAAUGCGUCCCACACAGCUGUAUGAGACUCCAGUGAGUUCACAGGGUGCACCAGCCCCCAUACUGCCAGUAUUCAACACUGGGACUCACUGCGGGACUAAGAAAUGUUGCUGCAUCUUGAGCAUCCCUGUGAUAAUGCAAUGGAUGGUUGGCCACAGUCAAAUUGUGGAAAUGAGAGACCUGCUGCUUUUCCUUUGCAGCUAAUUGGUAUUGGAGUGCAAACCUCUCUGGAUGUAUUGUAAUUAAAAUAAAGGGAUAUUGAAGUCUGAGUAGAGCAGAACGUUGGGCGUGUUUGAAAAAACACUUAGAAUGUGGUCAGAUAAAGUGUGAUAUUCAUCAGUUGUGAGUGCAAAAUACACAAUUUGAGGGGAAGAUAAAUGAUAAAUGAUCUGUUCACACUUCCGUUUUUUUCAACAUACACACAUGCAUUCAGUCCGACACUGAUAGUCGCACGCCAGAAACCGAGUCUUUGCAUGUAGUGCGUACUUUUACUGGCACGGAAGGAUUACUUUGCAUAGAGAACAUAUACUAGAACAUACAGCCCCUUUAUUCUGUUUGUGCUUAAUACUGACAUGCUUAGCAGAUGGCUAACAGUAUAUCCAUUAAGUAAACACCCAGGAAUCCGUUGUGGAGUGAAAGGAUUCUAGUUCUCUUUGCAUAGAGAACAUAGAGAUUCUUGGUACACACGGCUCCUUUAAAAAUAACAUCACACGCCGAUUUAUAAAUAUCACCCUUAACAAUAAAGACCUAGUUACGGACUCAAGGCUUUCAAAUAGCCUAAAGAAGCUAGCCUAUUUUAUAUUAAGAUGUUUUUUUUCAAAAUGGUUUUAUAAAGGGAAAGAUACAUAUUUGUAUUGUUAUCUCUUUGGUUUUUUUUGCUGUGUAGAUUUUGUAUAUACUUAAAGAUGUAUCUUAUCAUGUAUAACUCAUGAAUAAAUAAGGAGGCGUUCCAC